CCCGUCACCAAACCAUCACCAAACCACGCCAAAGCCAAAAAAGAGCGGCUGAGCAGUACCACAGCACCAUCGGAGCAACAAAAUGCCAGGCAAGCGAAAACACGAAGAGUCGGACCCUCAGGAAACUGUCCAUGAAUCUCGUCAAUUCCAAGUUCCAGGUAGCAGACCGAAGCCUUCCAAAAAGCCCCGCAGAUUCGAGCCUCCAGCACACAAGAAGCAAGCGCAUGCAUCGAGCGUGAACGCAAUCAAGAAACGAAUUCGCGAUGUUUCCCGAAGACUUGAACGCGCCGACGAUCUGCCAGCAACUGUAAGAAUGGAUGACGAGCGGGCCCUCGAGGCGUAUGUUCAUGAAUUGGAGGCCGCUGAGGCCGAAAAAAUCCGACAGAAAAUGAUUGGAAAAUAUCACAUGGUUCGGUUUUUUGGUAUGUCCAUUUAUUUAGUCCUUUCCAUUCCAUGCUAACAAUUUUCUGUAGAACGUAAAAAGGCGGCCAGAAUUUUGAAAAAGCUUCGCAAGCAGUUACUGGAGACCACGUCAGAGGAGGAGGUCGAGAUGCUAAAAACCAAGAUGCAUAUCGCAGAAGUGGACUUGAGUUACACGCAAUACUCGCCACUAAGUGAACGAUACAUCAGUUUAUAUCCACAGAAGAAACCAGGAACGGAGGAAGAAGAUAGCUCAGGAGAUUCAGACCCACCAGCAAAACCUCCAAUGUGGGCGGAAGUUGAGAAAUGCAUGGAAGAUGGUACCCUCACUCAAUUGCGAAAUAGGACAAGCACCGUCUUGACUCAAAAGCCAAAGCCAACUGGACCCCGCUUGGUAAAGUCAAAAAAGAAACCAAAAACUGCCACUGUACCAGACACAUCAGGACUCAAUCGUCGCGAAAGAAGACGUCAGAACAGGGUACAAGAUGUUGUCAGUAGAAAGAAGAACCACACCCGAGGAUCUGAAAAGAAUGAGCUAUUUGGGGCAUCUCUCAACGUCAAGAGGAACAACGACGAUGAUGACAAUAGUGAUGGUGGUUUUUUUGAAGAUUGAAAUCAGCAAGGUUCUUGUUGUUUUGAGUGUUCAAGGGAAGCUUCAGCGUGAAAGUUAUGAUAUGAUACCCCAAAGGAUAGAUUCUGUGGAUUAGAUGAGGUCCUCGAUUUCCAAUGAGAAAAUCAAGAACCCACUUAACCAUGGCAGCGGCUUUCUUCAGUACCACCUGAAAAAGAGCUUUAUGCUAUGGGAUCAACUACAAACAAAUCUAUUUCCCUCCUAGUUGUUUUUAUGUACUUUUCCAAUUGUGCAAAUGUGACGAAUCAAGAUGGUAUGAUUACAGUGUCUUGACCAACUCUAGACAAAGUGAUAGUGCUAGCUUGACAGCAGAAAAAUUCUUAUGCCAAUUCAGAGGACUUUUCAGCUGAGUGUGGGAGGGCUUCUGUUUUGUUUUUUCAGUUUAGCACAGGUGUUACAGCUAUGGUGGACUAGUGCUAGAACACAGAGGCUACUAUUUGAUCAUUGUUAGAGUUGAUAAGAAGAUUAUUAACAAGUUAUUGGGCUUUAUCUCUUUCCAGGAAGAAAUGACAAGAGACAUCUGAGCUUAGUACCCAACAGCAGCGUCAGUGUUCUGGCAUGAUUCCUCGUAAACGUGAUUGAGAUACUGAUGUUUCCAUCAGUGUAUCAUUCAGGCUGCUUAUAUUGGCUGUCACUAAACUAAACCCAGGGGUCUUUGUAAAACUCCUGGGUUUGGAAUUUAGAAGAAAGUGUGGUACGGUGGAACAAUUCUAUACUGGCAGCUUUGGGCGGCUGGCUCAAUCAUGACAUGCCAUUGCUUUUCAAAGUCUCCUGACACAGGAACACCUCCAGUAAAAUGAUAAUAUGUCUACUUACGGAUGGAUGGAUGCUUGAUCUGAAGGUGUUGUUUUUAAGUGCAGGAAUUUUACACAUUUUCUGCAAUCUUGACAGGUUUGAUUCCUUGUCAAAGGAGCUGAA